GAAGCAUUGGUGGAAAUCCGCUGUGGCUGACAGAAACAUUCCUCGUCUCUUACAGUCGGCCAAUUCUCAGCGUUAGUGGGGGGAAAACACCUGUGAAGACACUUUGGAGGUGAUAAGCCGUGGAAACGCGGGACCGCAUUUUUUGGCUAUGGCUGAUCAUAUGCAGUAUAACGAAUCUAUGAUCGGUGUGACCAACCGAUUUGCCCGCAAAGGUGCUCUGCGGCAGAAAAACGUGCAUGAAGUUAAAAAUCAUAAAUUCACUGCCAGGUUUUUUAAACAACCGACCUUCUGCAGCCACUGCAAGGACUUCAUUUGGGGAUUUGGGAAGCAAGGAUUUCAGUGCCAAGUGUGCUGUUUUGUGGUUCAUAAGCGGUGCCAUGAAUUUGUCACCUUCUCCUGCCCAGGAGCAGAUAAGGGUCCUGACACGGACGACCCCAGAAGCAAGCACAAGUUUAAGAUCCACUCCUAUGGGAGCCCCACGUUCUGCGACCACUGUGGCUCACUGCUCUACGGCCUCAUCCACCAGGGCAUGAAGUGUGACACGUGUGACAUGAACGUGCACAAGCAGUGUGUGAAUAACGUGCCCAGCCUGUGCGGGACUGAUCACACGGAACGUCGCGGCCGCAUCUUCCUCAAGAUCGAGGUGGGAGGAGACCGGCUCCAUGUGACAGUCGGGGAAGCCCGUAAUCUUAUUCCGAUGGACCCCAAUGGGCUGUCAGACCCUUACGUCAAGUUGAAACUCAUCCCUGACCCCAAGAACGAGACCAAGCAGAAGACCAGGACCAUCCGCUCCUCCCUCAAUCCCACAUGGAACGAGUCCUUCACUUUUAUGCUCUUCAACAGCAAGCUGAAGGCCAUGGACAAGGACCGGCGCCUCUCAGUGGAGGUAUGGGACUGGGACCGGACCACCAGGAAUGAUUUCAUGGGCUCCAUGUCCUUCGGUGUGUCUGAGAUCAUCAAGGCGCCCAUGUGUGGAUGGUACAAAUUGCUGAACCAGGAAGAGGGCGAGUAUUACAAUGUUCCCAUUCCAGACGUUGAGGACAUCAAUCAAGUGGAGCUCCGGCAGAAGUUUGAGGCAUGCCAACUAAACCACUUCCUAAAGAAAGCCAAGAUGGGUCCUGGGAAAAAGAUGAUCAAUUCUUCAGACUAUCGCCGGUUCAGCCUGCCGUCCGGGAACAUGGACCGGGUGCGCCUCAGCGACUUCCACUUCUUGUCUCUGCUCGGCAAAGGUAGCUUCGGCAAGGUGAUGUUGGCGGAAAUGAAGACCACAGAGGAGCUGUACGCCAUCAAGAUCCUGAAGAAGGACGUGGUGAUCCAGGACGACGACGUGGAGUGCACCAUGGUGGAGAAGAGGGUGCUGGCCCAGCGUGACAAGCCGCCCUUCCUCACCCAGCUGCACUCCUGCUUCCAGACCGUGGACCGACUCUACUUUGUCAUGGAGUACAUCAACGGGGGAGAUCUCAUGUAUCACAUCCAGCACGUGGGCAAGUUCAAGGAGCCACAGGCUGUGUUCUAUGCUGCAGAGAUCGCAGUAGGAUUGUUUUUCCUGCACCGAAAAGGAGUCAUAUACAGAGAUCUGAAGCUGGACAACGUGAUGCUGGACUCGGAGGGCCACAUCAAGAUCGCCGACUUUGGAAUGUGCAAGGAGAACAUGUACGAGGGCAUGACCACGCGCACCUUCUGUGGGACACCUGACUACAUCGCCCCAGAGAUCAUUGCAUAUCAGCCCUAUGGGAAGUCAGUGGACUGGUGGGCCUAUGGAGUUCUGCUGUACGAGAUGCUGGCUGGUCAGCCGCCGUUCGAUGGCGAGGAUGAGGACGAGCUCUUUCAGUCCAUCAUGGAGCACAACGUGUCCUACCCCAAGUCCAUGUCCAAAGAAGCCGUGUCCAUCUGCAAGGGGCUGAUGACCAAGCACCCGUCCAAGCGUCUGGGCUGUGGGCCGGAGGGGGAGAGGGACAUCAGAGAGCAGGCCUUCUUCCGCCGCAUCGACUGGGACCGUCUGCAGAACCGAGAGAUCCAGCCUCCGUUCAAGCCCAAAGUGUGCGGCAAAGGAGCAGAGAACUUCGACAAGUUCUUCACACGCGCGCAGCCUGUGCUGACUCCGCCUGACCAGCUCGUCAUCGCCAACAUCGACCAGAGCGAGUUCGCCGGCUUCUCCUACAUCAACCCGCAGUUCGUCCACCCGUCCCUGCACAGCAGUGUCGUAUGAGGGGCCACUGGGAGGAGCCAAGGGAGAGGCUGAAGGGGGGACGGGGCUUUUGAGCACUUCAGGACAUGCAAAUCCAAAUUGCUUGUAAUUAAAACGUCAUUACAGAUGGUCACCAUAAAAGAAUUAUUCAAACCCAAAAUUCAACAGCUUAUCCGAGGAAAAAGUAUGAAUUUCCAUUUUUACUAACAACAAGGUCCCCAUAUGUAAAUGCAUUUUGCUUAGCACAGGGGCAAGAUUGUGGCAUUACCAAAGUCUGUAUUGGCAAGUAUCGCUAAUUAGCAGCCAUCUUGGAAACACCUCCAAACAGCUAUUUUGGACAAAACAGAUUGGACUCCUAUCUAAAUGGGCAGUGGUAGUGUAGUGGCUAGGGAGCCGGGCAGCCCGACAAGUUGUUGGUUUAAGUCUGGCUGUGUGCCACUGUUGUGCCCUUGACCAAGGGACUUCACCCCGAGUCGCUCUGGGGAAACUGGCCUGUAAUAAUUGACAUAUGUAAGUGGCUUUGGAUAUAAGCGUCAGCCAAAUGAAAUGAAUAAGUAUAGAAAGGAAAGAGGAGAGUCUCAUAACUCUGCAUAAAAUGGUCAAACAGACGUUAGAAGUAAAUCGCUGGAUUCACUGUUUAAAUCUGACAUGAAUGGCAAAACAAUUGUCAGUAGUCAAUGACAUAAGGCUGAAAUGCUGACUUUUUUCCCAGAUUUGCUGUGCGUACAUGCACCCAAUGUGAUAGUGCUUCUGCUGUAGCAAUUAUAGAAAUAAACAGAACGUGCAGGAGAGGCACAAUGUACAAUACAAGGCAGACUUCCAGUUACAGUUUUGCCAUCUUUCACAUUACAGACUCCCCCAUUCAAUUCUCCCUCCGUCAUUAUGUCUCUGGCAUUACAAACACCAAAUGACUUAUAAUAAGUCCCAAAAGAGAGAGAUACAGAGAUAAUUGUGUCCAUUCAAAGUCCAGACCCUGUGAGUCCCAUUUGCAAAGCUCAGCCAGCGUCCCCCAGAUCUCCUGACAGUCAGUGUUGGUUAGGGUCCACAACUCUCCGAUUGAAAAAAACCAGCUCAGUGUAUGUGUGUGUGAGGUGGCCACUGCGGUCACGUCCGGUGCGCUAUUCCAAGGGACAAUAGACAGUGUGAUACUCUUCCAUCCGCAGUAUGCCUUUCCUGUUGUGCACCACCACCGUCUCUUCUCCCUUUGUGAAGCAUGCAGACUUACAGCUGUUUUAGAGCUCCUUCCCCCCCUACCUACCUUACUGCCAUUUCUAUCACAACUACGGUAUUCAAUAUAUCAUAUAUAUAUACAAAUAUAUCUAUAUUUGUAAAAACUGACAAAAUUAUUAUGUAUAAAAUAAUAGUCAUCUGUAGUUUCGGGAGUGCCAAAACGAGACAAUACCUGCACCCAAACUGUUUUCUAUUUUAGUGUGUCUGUAUGCAUUUAGCAAGUUCCUACUUAGCGACUCUUUUGUGGAUACUGUAUCUCUUCUCUGGACUCUCUGAGUUUGAGCAUGACGAGACCCUUUCUGAUGCACUCCCCCCCCCCCCCCCCCCCCCACCUCUGCCAGUGGACAGCAGCCUGCAGUAUACUGAGGCUGUAGACUUUAAUAUGCCCUUUAGAGGACCCUCCCUCACAUAGCAGAGGUGACCGAUGCCAGUUACAGAGUAUAUGAGGGACAAAGUAAAGUUGUUCACAGCGGAGUGUGAAAAUGCAUGGCAAGACGACAUCAACUGAUACAUACAUUAUGAACUUUGGUGUAAAAUAACGUAGAAGAACAGAUUUAAAAUUACAGAAGAUAAGCUAUGAGAGAAUUUAAAAGCAGCACUCUGAUGACAUGUGCUUCUUGUAUCAUUCUUAGAGGAGGUGAAUGGCAACUGAGCAAACGCGUUUGGAUAUGAACACACUUUGCACUGCUUUGCAGAAGUAAUUUGAGCAGUUUUAUUAUUUUUUUAAAUACUGGUAAGCGGGGGCCCUGCUUGCUGACCAAGUAACAUAUACCGUACGGAAGCACAGUGGUGAGAUGGUGGACAUGCUCACUGGCCGCAUGAUGCUCGCGGCACCUCCCCAUGCUAGCAGCGGAGCGGUUACCUGCCGUCCGCUCUCCCGUCGUCCAGAAGGCGUGUGAGGUGUUUUAGGGCCAGUCAAUUAGGGGGCUGUGGUGCUGCCUGCAGGACCCUGUCAAUCCCCCACCGCAUGCCUCUUCUCCUCCGAGCCGAAAAUACUCAGUAGAUUAUUCUCUAGGGAGGCUCUGUCUGUCCAGUAUCCAACGCCACGCUCAGAGCGUGAGGUUAUGUAUUACACAAAAUAUGAUUUUUGUUUUGUUUUGUGUGUUUUUUUUCUUGUAGGUUUUUAUGUCUUGAUAAGUUACUAUUUUGCAUUGUUCUUUUUGGAGUAAGCUCAUUUUCAUUUUUCAUGUCUUAUUGUUUUGUUUUAUUUUUGACAACAAAGGUGUUUACUUUUCAAAAAUACACAAUAAUUGAUCUUUAUUUUUUGUAAAUAUUAAACAGGCAGUUUCAAAAGACUAAGUUGCAGAUUUUAUACCAAGAAUUGAAUGUGCUUUUACUAACUUAGAUGGUGAAAGAUUUCUACAUGUUUAGAUUAUAUAUAAAAAAGGAGAUUAUUUGGCUAAAUCUUUGAUAGUUUUGGUAUCAGAAAACCUUGUAAUAUGUAUUCACAUAUCACAUAUGUAUUGGCUAUGUGUUUGUCUUUUAAUUUAUAAUAUAGUAGGGUAAGCAGUAUCUAAGGACUGACUGUGAAGUGUGGGCUGAUUGAUUGUGUGCUUGCCUUGAUCCUUUAUUUGAAGUGGCUCAACAUGUCCUGCUUUAUUGAGUUUUUAUUUGUUUUGUUUCGUUUUGUUUUGGGCUUUUGCUUCAUGCAUGUAAGGUUAGGCAAAACAAGCAUGCAGUAAAAACAAGGUGUUAGCAUGUUCCAAAGACCCCAGGUCUGUCAGCAUGGAUUUCGGAUGUCAUACGACUUGCCAAGUGAGACACCUGUCCUGCCUUACACCUCUCUCUCUCUCUCUCUCUCUCUCUCUCUCUCUCUCUCUCUCCUCUCUCUUCUUCUCAGUUAUAUAGUGUAUUUUCUGUUUUCCAAGAAUUUGAAAAGGAUUCAGUCAGGCAUGUCUAAAAAGUGAUUCUAACAUUUAGGCUUUGAAGAACUCGGCUGUUUGUGUGCAUUGUGUUUAGCCUGCUGACGAAAGCUUGUUUAAACUUUUGGUGGAAUUCCAUCAGGAAACGUCACUACUGUAUUACAAGGCCACACUUCUCCUGGACUAUGGGCUCCACAUGCUUUGAUUGAAUUCAGCUAAAACAAUCAGAUCCAUCUCUGCAGUAAAUGACAUACUGUACAUCAUUGUAUUCUCAUCCACUCUUUGUGCCAAAGCCUACUAAUGUACACAUACUCUUCUCCAUACCAAUUCUGAUGUGUUAUAAGAGUGGCUAUUCCAUGACCAGUAGUUAGAGACCUAAAAGCCACUAUGUACGGUCAUUCCUUUGCCCUUUAACAAGGUAUAGAAGAUUCCAGAAUCUUUACCACAAUCCUCUCUCCACAUGUGCCAAAUCGUGUCUACCCAGAUAUUAUCAGGUGCUCUAACUGGUGAACUUCAUCAUAUCUGAUCAAAGCUCGAGUCCUCAAUGAUCCUCAAGUGUCAUGCCAUUCUAUCAGACCCCUCAGCAUAUUUGAGAAUAAUUAUAUCAUAUCAAUAAUAAUAUCAUCUUGGGUACCAAAAUAUAACCUGUGGGAGCAAAACCAUUUCAACUAGUUCUAGUUCCAUGAACCAUGAUGACAGAGGCAGCCACUCUGGAACAUUGUCUCACAUUGAGAAUCAUCCAGAAUGCUCGUCUUAACCACAAAGUAGGAUCCCUCGCGCAAUCAAAUGAAAUUCCAGAGUAGAUGAACUUGUACACAGGUUCAUCUUUAGAUAUGCACUAGCCCCAAGGACAGACAAGCUGCCUGAUCUGUGUAUCGGGCACACACCUUGGUAGCCCCACAGCUCAAGAUUUGAUUUGACCUUUCAAACAGAUGCCCUGCGAAUAUGGAGCGAAAAACAAAAGUAUCUGGUUUUGCUCAGAUAAUCAUAUGUUGAGCUCAUCUUCUCUUUGGAGGGUGAAUCCUUGGAGUGCUUUCUGGAAUUAGGCUACGUUUCUCUACUUUCAACUCACCUAUCAUGCUGUUUGCCAGGAUCCUGCUACAGUAUAUGUUUUCUUUGUUUAUUGUGGUGUGAAGGAUACUGUGUAUGAAUAAAUGUAUUUAAAAAUA